AUGUUACUUCACAGCCAAUGCUGGUCACCCUCAGGGACCGAUCGCUCGUCACGAGGACAGAGUGAGAGAUACUCACCGAGUGCAAUGAUCAUCACGGAAAUAUUGAGACGUUCCCUGGUGGCGGGAGACAGUAAACACAAUCCGAAUCGCGACGCGUGCUUUGGCGACGUCUUCAGCCGCUUUCUGCUCGAGGAAUUUCUGGGAUACGAUGACAUUCUGAUGGCGAGCAUCAAGAGCCUCGCCGAGAAGGAAGACAACCAAGAACAACAACAACAGCAACCUCAACAGCAACCUGGCCAACGUCAGGGCGGAAACAACAACAACAACCCUAAUCCUAUCGUCAAUGUCAGAGAUCGAUUAUUCCACGCUCUCUUCUUCCGGAUCUCGUUGGCAUAUGCAAGAGCUGUGCCCCGCCCACUCAGACGAGCACUAGAGUUUACCAUUCUUAUCAAGGCGAUUGGAGCAUUACUGAUACUGGCUUACGUACAUGUCGCCUUCUCACGCACUCCCAUCAACUGCCUGGACUUGAUUCAGGAGACGUGGCCGCGCGAAGGAAUCCUGCGCGUGCAGAUCGUGCGCAAUGGACACAACUUCAGCCUGGCGGAAUCCUACAAGCGGGAGCAGGAGAUCCGGGAGCGCGAACAGUUCCUCGACAUGCUAUACGAGAACGUCAGCUUCUACGACUCGGAGCUCAUCUUCGGCAUGACCGUUGACGCCGACGGUGUCGACGCCGCCGCGCACCCGCCGCAGACACCCGCGGCGGAGGACAAGGGGGAGGAAUGGGAGGAGGGGCGAGGGAGGGACGUCUCCGCUGCGAUGGCGGCGGGUUCCACUGCGAAGCGCGAGGACCCAGCAGGUGAGCCAGCAGCGGGUGAGGCAGCGGAGGGGGUGAAGAAGAGACUCAUCGAAGCACACGAUGUAGGGAGGAAGGAGGGAUCCGUCGAUACAGGGGUGAUGAAGGAGGCAUCGCUGAGUGCGGAGGAGGCACAGAACGAGUCGUCGCAUGCUGACAAGGAGGAGGUCCAUCUGGAGAAGGGAAUUCUCCCGUUCCGCGAGACACUUUCCGACUUUGACAUGUUCAAGAAAGCCGUUUGGCCGGAAGAAGAGUACAUAAUCGAGUAUUCACUGGAAUAUGGCUUCCUCCGACUCUCUCCCGCCACCAGGGAACGUCUCAAUAUUUCCGUGAUGAUCAUUGCACUCGAUCCGAAUCGCGACGCGUGUUUUGGCGACGUCUUCAGCCGCUUUCUGCUCGAGGAAUUUCUGGGAUACGAUGACAUUCUGAUGGCGAGCAUCAAGAGCCUCGCCGAGAAGGAAGACAACCAAGGUUACCUGCGAAACGUCGUGACGGGUGAGCACUAUAGGUUUGUGUCGAUGUGGAUGGCUCGCACUUCCUACCUCGCUGCUGCCUUCAUCAUGCUGCUGUUUACCGUCUCGAUUUCGAUGCUGCUGCGCUAUUCGCAUCACCAGAUCUUCGUCUUUAUCG